AACAACGUACCGCAGCUUUAAAAAAUGGCGGCUCCCAUGGUAGACACCGUCUGCUCAUGAGAAAAACGGAUUUGCAACAGAACGGCGCUGGUUGAAUAAUAUAUUCAUAGAGCACUGCUUCCUAAAUAUUCAGAAAGCUGAGGUAGCGUUUUGGCUAGCCUUGGAUCAUACACGGGCACCAUGGUCGACGACAUAAGGCAAACUUUGAGGAGUCAACAGUGCGCUGAACAGAGAGAGCGUCGAAAAAAACUUGUGGACGACAGGCGAGGUGCGUCAGUGCCUUCUACGAAAGAGUUCGAACCCGUAGCAAUCGAAGAGUUUGAAGCAAUGCUGAAGCAUUUGAAAGCAGAAAGGAACAACACGCACUAUUUUAGGAAGCUGAAGAACUCGCUGGCUUUGGGCGACGAAUACGUCAGUAAGUUCCUCAGGACCAACAGUGCCUUGGAGCAACUUCUGUCAGUGGUCCUGCGCAGCUGUGAGGCUUCAUGCCAGCUGGAAGCCCUUGCGUGCCUGACCAACCUGGCCUGUGGUGACCACAAGGCCACUUACCGAGUGUUGCGCUUGGCUGGCCCUUAUCUGAUUACAUUCCUCAACGGUAGCAACCCUUUCUUGCAGGAACAGUCAGCCUGGUGCCUUGCCAACAUUGCCAUGGAUUGUGACCAGUGUUGUGACCUGCUGAGGUGCCAAGGGGCAAGUCACGCCUUGGUCAAAGCACUCAAGAGCAUCUACCCUCAGGUUGUCGACAUGGCAGUCCUCGCACUGCAGGCUUACGUACAGUCCUCUCCAGACAUCGUACAAGAUGUGGUCACCCGGGGCCUGCCCAAACACCUGCUCCCACUGUUUCACCAGGACUCGGCAAAGCCCGACUUCAUCGCUCAGCUUGGGUGGAUUGCAUUUUACAUCCAUAGCAAUGACAGUGCUCAAAUUGAAAGCAUGGACUGCACAGCAAGACUGUGCCACAUAGUAGCUAGCAGGAUGGUUCAGUACAGCUCUGCACCUCAAGAAAAUGCCAGUGUCCUGACAUCCCUGCUGGCAUGCCUUGCUAACUGGAGCAGCCGGUGGGGUGACCUGGCCGGGGAGGUGGCUGCCACGCCCGGGAUGGUGGGUGCACUGGGUCACCUUCUGGAGGCGCCUUAUCUGCACCUGCGCAGGGAAGCCCUUUGGCUCAUCCAGUGCCUCUCAGGUGUCUUGGCUCGGUAUGACCUCACCGAUGUCACUGCUGCCGCUAGUGGCAUCAUUCCCUUGCUGACACCAGGAGCUGCAUGCAUAAAUGAGGUCCUCCUGCUGCUUCAAGGCAUUUCCACGACACUACCAGCCUUUAGACACAGUCUCGCAAGAAAUGCAGCAAUUCUUGCACAGCUGCAGCAAAUGACUCCCGAACACAGUCAUGAGUGUCAGAAGCUUCAGGCAAUACUCACCCAUCCCUAGUAUUUUUCUAGUAUGCUUUUACCACUGGUGAUAAUGAUCGAGUGCAGGCAGAGCAUGUCACAGUCCACAAGCUGUGCCCCUGCAACUUUAUUGCUUUGCUCCCUUUCUUGUACAUACAUCAACACACUCUUUUUGUACAAUAAAAUACUACAUGUAUUUCAA